CCCAAAUACACGACAAUGGCACCCAUCCGCCCCGCCAAACGCAGCAGUAUCCGUGCCCGCGCCUCCAAAUCUAGCACCUCCGAUCCUCGCGGAAGAUACGCACCACCCACCGCCACCGACACCUACUCCGAACCCGCCGCCGCAGCCCUCAAGUCCUCGCUCAAACCCGCCAAUUCCAACACAUCCCACCUCCAAGAUGCCGACUGGCGACUCAACAAAAAAGACAAGCGUACAGUCAAACACAACGCUCUACUCAACAAAGUCCGCGACGCCGGGAUAGCAAAGGGUGGAGCAGGCAGAAAGACGCUGAAACGCCGGCGACCGGGGAAGAAACUUGUCACUACCAUGGAUGGGCUGGCGGACGCAUUACCCUCGGCUUCGGAGGAUGAAGGCGAGGAUGAAGAUGAGUGGGAAGGUUUAGACGACGAGGAGGAAAUGCAGCUCGACGGCACAACAACCACGAAGAAGCGGCGGAGGAGAAAAGUCAAGGUGUCCGAGUCAGAUGGCAAGAUGGUGAUGAAGAGCUUAAAGCAUAAGCCUGGAGCGGCGAGGAGGAAGGCGAUUAUGGAGGGACGGGAGAGGGAGAGGUUUGGGAGGAAUUUGGCGGCGAUGGUGGGGACUACGACGGGUGGGAAGGAGAAUGUGGUUGCGGGUGAAGCGGACAAGGCGAAGGAGAGUCAGAAAGCGAAGUGGGCGGCGCUGAGAGACUUCAUCGGAGGCACGAUGGAAAAGGACAAGGCUUUUGCGAAGGAUUGA